AUGGAAAUCAUCCUCGCCGGUACAACUGGGCUCAUAGGCCAAGAGGUCCUCACUCAGUGCCUGGCCCACCCCUCAAUCACCUCCAUCCUCGUCCUCUCACGUCGCGAACUACCCAGCAAUAUCACCUACCCCAAACUCCAGGUUCGCCGCAUGCAAGACCAGGACUUCCUCUCCUACUCCGACCCGCACCUCGCCGCCUCGCUCCUCGCCGCCGCCGCGUGCAUCUGGACGCUAGGCGUGCCGCCCUCUCGUGCGUCAGCGGACGAAGAGGCCUCCCGGCGGGUCACGCUGGAGUAUACCAGCCAGGCAGCCGUAGCAUUCAACGAGGCCUUUACUGCUUCUUUGGCCGGAACAGAGCGAGAAGAAGCCCCUUCCGCGGCUGCCGAGCAUCCUGCCACGUUCGAGUCAUAUAUCAUGCGGCCGGGCAUGGUGCUGAGUCGCCAGGGGACGUUGGUCGAUCGUGUUCAGAGUCUGGCGCCCUCCGUAUGGGUGGACGUGUUGGCGCGAGCGGCGGUUGAUCUUGCUGUUCAGGGGCAUUCGGAGAAGAUCUGGGAGAACUCAAGGAUUACGGAUGGGGAGGGUGUCGGUGGGCAACAGGGUUGA